ACCACCCCCUCUGGAGAGAAGACAAGAUGGCUGACAGUGACUGUGGGACGAAGCUAGCUAUUUGGCCAAUGUAAACAUUCCCCACACAGCAAACCGGAGCGGUAACGACGGUACCUGAUAGCUUUGUCUCGCCCUGCGAGUGAGAGUGUACGUUGUCACAAAACAUACGUCAUCUUUUUUUCUUUUUUUUUAAAUUACGUUUCAUGUCAAAGAUUCGUUUCGGAACGACGACAUUUACUAGUAAGACGUUGCGCCUGUGUGAUUUAAAGUUGCACGUCAUGUCUUUAAGAAGCAACUAAAAGUCUUAAUCUUGAAAGAUGAUGGCCAAGCGGUCUGAGCGUCGUGGAAUCCAUCUGGACCAGUCUGAGCUGCUGUGUAAAAAAGGAUGUGGUUUUUAUGGCAACACUGCUUGGCAGGGCCUGUGCUCCAAAUGCUGGCGAGAGGAGAACCAGAGAGAGAAACAAAAACAGAUCCAAGACGACUGGGCUUUAGCUGAAAGGCUGCAGAGAGAGGAAGAGGAAGCAUAUGCAAGCAGACAUCAGACGCCUCCAUCGCAGCCAGCUGUCAACACUUUCAGCAAGUUUGAGGAACGCAAGACAAAGGAAAAGUCUAGCAAAGUCAACACGGUCACCAAAUUUUUCACUCCCUCUAUUAAAACACCACCAAAGAAAGACGCUGCUGCCCCUUUUGAUGCUCAGUCCAGCCCAAGUUCCACCUCCACAGCUAACCGUGCCUCCUCUCUGGACAACGACCACGCGACAAGAGAGUUCAUCGACUUUCUUAAGCCUCUGAAAUACGGCCGACAAAUCUUUAAGCAAUGCCGGGCUUUCACUGAGAGCAUGGCCUAUAAGAGGGACAUGGGUGCUGACGACAUGUCCGAAUGUGUUCAGGACUUCUACCAGAAUCUCUCUGAUCGCCUCCAGACUCAGUUCAAAGGUUCCUCUGAGUAUGUAGAAGGCAUCAUGGAUGAGGUGGAAAGGUACAUGAUGACGCGUCUUUACAAGGAGGUUUUCUGUCCCGAAACCUCUGAUGACGAGAAGAAAGACCUGGCCAUUCAGAAGAGGAUCAGAGCUUUGCACUGGGUCACCAUUGAGAUGCUUUGCGUUCCCGUCGAUGAGGAGAUCCCUGAAGUGUCCGACAGUGUGGUUAAAGCUAUCACAGAUGUGAUCGAAAUCGAUUCCAAGCGAGUGCCCAAGGACAAGCUGGCGUGCAUCACACGAUGCAGUAAGCACAUCUUCAACGCCAUUCGCAUCAGCAAGAAGGAAGCGGCGUCGGCGGACGACUUCCUGCCGACGCUCAUCUACAUUGUACUGAAAGCAAACCCCCCACGGCUUCAGUCUAACAUCCAGUACGUCACCCGCUUCUGCAACCCCAGCAGGCUCAUGACUGGAGAGGAUGGUUACUACUUCACUAAUCUGUGCUGCGCCGUGGCCUUCAUUGAGAAGCUGGAUGGAAAGUCUCUUAACAUGACCUCAGAGGAGUUUGAUCUCUACAUGUCGGGCCAGGCUUCCCCCAACCUCCCAGCCAGCGGGCCGUCAUCUUGCACCGCAGGCAGCGCGGCGCUCAGCCAGGUCCACAAGCGCCUGGACCUGCUGACGGGCCUCGGUGAACGGCAGGAGCGCGUCAUGGAGAGAGCGCGCCAGCUGGAGAACGACCUCAUCGACUGGACGGACGAAGUGGAGCAGAAGGUGCACAGCGUUCUGGACAGUUUUGAGACACCGAACGCCCCUAUUGCCACCACCGCCAACACCAGCUCGGCUACGGGGGCCCCACCAUCCUCCAUGACCAUCGACUCUGAUAAUGUUGAAAACGAGCACCUGCCGCCGCCGCUGCAGCCACAAGUGUUUGCUGGUUGAUGCUGAACCUGUCACUUACGGCCGCCGCCUCCGCUCUGGUUGGCCUGCAUAUGAAACAUCCCAUCCAUCUUCUAUAGCGCUUAUGAACUGGUCACCACUGGGACGGCACUGAGUGGGGAUUGAACCCACGCAAGCUGCACAAAAGUCAUCUUCGUGAACCACAGGUGAGGAUAUAUUUCACAAAGGCAUCAAACUUAAAAUACCCCCAAUUGAGGCUACAUCUGCAGAUUCAACUAAUUGCUGUCUUAUUUACCGAAGAAGAGAAUCAUUUUCACAUGCGCAUGCGUGUUGCUGCAUGGACAUGUUUGUUACAUCAUCCUAAACGUCUUCUUACUCCUGCCAUGAGGCCAUUAUUAUACACACUGGGGUGCUGGGAUUUUUUAAGUAUUUACACUUUGGUUGCUCGACAUAAUCAACAUUCUGUAGUGACAGCUAAUGGAAAAACAAGAAAGACUGAAGUGGAACAUAAACUCAAUCUGUUGUGAACUUUUUAGGAUUUUAACCAUUUAUUUAUACAUACCUACAGUAUAUAUGAAGGAUAUUUCAGGUCACAUGUAUGUUUAAUAUUUCCUUCUUUGUUGCUAGAUUUGAAUCUUAUUCUGCCACCAUUUUAUUUAACCCUUGAGGCUCUGUUUAAAAUAAACUGUUUAACGUUUGAUUUAUCUCAUAAAACUGGAAUACAUAGGUAAUAUAUAUGUAUACAUAUAUACAGGACAGGCCAAAAGUUUGGACACACCUUCUCAUUGUCAGGUUCAAACACUGAUGAUAUCUAUUAAACAGAAAGGAAGCAAGGAAUCAGGAGUUCAAUUUUGCUCAAUGAGUAGAGACGUUUUGGGCUGUACUCCAGUUACAGAAACAAACUACGCUCUAAGGUAACAGUCCCACGUGCUCCUCUAUUUAUUUGUUAGAGACAAUAUAUGACUUCAUGAAAUGCAAAUGUGCUGACACUCCUGAUAUCGUCCUGUCUCUGCUUUGUCUGCGUCACGGCACUCGAUGUUCGCCCUUGGCAGUCAGCAGGCCUGUUCUGGACACAAACACUGAUACGAGACGAUAUCCCUUUGCACAGAUAGAAAAGUACAACUUCAGCACAAUUGAUAAUAACUAUAGCAACGGCCUUUAAGCAUAAGAGUUCUGUGAUAACUUACACAUAAUUAUUCUAACACUCAUUCAAUGCAUUUUCUUUAUUUUCAGGACUAUUUACAUUAUAGAUUUUCACAUCAAAACUAUGAAUGAUCACGUGGAGUUAUGUACUUAACAAAAAAGGUGAACUCACUGAAAACAUGUUUUAUAUUCUAGUUUCUUCAAAAUAGCCACCAUUUGCUCUGAUUAUUGGUUUGCAAACUCUUGGCAUUCUCUCCAUGAGCUUCAAGCACACCUGUGAAGUGAAAACCAUUUCAGGUGACUACCUCUUGAAGCUCAUGGAGAGAACGCCAAGAGUUUGGUAGGUAGGUCUUUAUUGUCAUUGCACAAGUACAACAAAACGUUGUUUUUGCCACGAACCCGUUCAAGAUUAGACAAACAAACAGUGUACAGGGUUACGGAUCAGGAACGCUGAUGGGUCGCCACAAGGCGUAAUAGAUGGGAAAAAGGUAAACGCUGGGGAAGGAUGAGUAAAAAAAAAAUACAAUCUAGACUGGGCUCCUAAGGGGGCCCAGUCCGUAGUGGGAAAAAACCUCCAUAGCAAAGCACAUAUACAUAUUACAACAUCCAUCUCAAGACUAGCAACAGAGGGUAGGGAGUAGGGGCCACGGUGAGAGGCUGCAGCUGCUCAAGCGCUGCCCAGCCGUCCAUCGCCCCUAAGUGUGUG